UAUUCGCAGCAACCGCAACUGCGCGCUGUUCAAUUUAACCUAAAAUUUGAAUCAUCAAACACUCAGUUUAUUAAAUUUUUUUCAUACCCAAUAAAUACAUAAGUAAGUAAGUAAAUUUGUUUAAUAAAUUAACACCAUGGGUAUUUUAGGCUUAUCAAAAGUAAUCGCUGAUAUCGCGCCUAGUGCGAUAAAAGAAAACGAAUUAAAAAAUUAUUUCGGUCGCAAGGUAGCUAUAGAUGCAUCCAUGUGUCUGUACCAGUUCCUGAUAGCAGUGAGAAGUGAAGGAGCGCAGUUGACAUCAGCUGAUGGGGAGACUACCAGUCACUUGAUGGGAAUGUUCUACAGAACCAUCAGGCUCGUUGACAAUGGAGUAAAGCCCCUGUAUGUUUUCGAUGGUAAGCCGCCUAAUUUGAAAGGUGGAGAACUUGUUAAGCGUGCGGAGAAACGGGAGGAAGCUCAGAAAGCUCUUGAAGCUGCUGAGGAAGCUGGUAAUGUUGAAGAUAUCGAUAGAUUCAACAGGCGGCUGGUCAAAGUUACCACAGCCCAUGCUGAGGAAGCCAAGCAGCUUCUGACUUUGAUGGGAAUCCCCCAUGUCACUGCUCCAUGUGAAGCUGAAGCCCAGUGUGCCGAGUUAGUAAAGUCGGGCAAAGUAUACGCAACAGCAACUGAAGAUAUGGAUGCUCUGACAUUUGGUAGCAACAUUUUGUUACGUCGGUUGACUUUCUCUGAAGCCAGGAAAAUGCCUGUUCAGGAAAUUCACCUCGACAGAGUCCUCGCGGAUAUGGAGUUGAACAAAGAAGAGUUCACUGACUUAUGUAUCAUGCUGGGAUGUGACUACACAGGAAGCAUAAAAGGUAUUGGUCCUAAAAGAGCAGUCGAGCUGAUAAAAACCCAUCGUUCGUUAGAAAAAAUACUUGAAAACAUUGAUACCAAAAAGUAUCCAGUACCUGAAAACUGGAACUACAAGGAAGCGAGAGAAUUAUUUUUAAAUCCGGAAAUUACCAAGGCCGAGGAUCUUGAUUUCAAGUGGAGCGAACCUGACGUAGAAGGUCUUGUUAAGUUUAUGUGCGGAGACAAGCAGUUUGCUGAAGACAGAAUCAGGAAUGGAUGCAAGAAACUCAUGAAAGCCAAAGGAGCGUCCACUCAGGGACGACUGGACUCCUUCUUCACAAUAAUUCCCAGCACGACUCCUUCUAAGCGCAAGGCGGAAGAGAAAAAGGGUCCAGCAAAAAGAGGUAGAGGUGCUGGAGGCAGUAAAUUCCGCGGUAAACCUAAAUAAUUAUUUUAAAAAGUCCAAUCGCAUUCCUUAUUUAAUUUUUUGUACCGAAUUAUUCAUUAUGACUUUUUGUUUUUUCAAAUUUAAAUUAAUUAUUUAAAUAAAAUAAAUAAAUAA